AUUCAUAACAGAAGAACACAAAGUAUAUACAAGAAGUUGACAAUUUGAGAAUACAACACCCGGUCUUUGCAUAAUAAAUAAUUAUUUAUUAGUCCUCGUAUGUAUUUAUUUAAUUUAUGAGAAUAUUCUAAUUCAUUUGAAGGAGAAGAGCCUAACUACCCAUCGUAAUAUUUGUUGAUAGAUAAUUCAAUAUUUUUUAAUGCCUCAUCAAUUACAGUCUACAGAGGCUGUUCAACACAUGAGCCGAAUCCAUAUUUAUAUUAUCGCUAAAACUGAAAUUCCCGCCAGCACUGUACUCUGGAUUGUCAACGGCUAGAUCUACCAAGUGUUCGUGUCUGUACGCAUUUUACAUGUCUACAUGGAGCGAAAUUUGAUUACUUUGCUUCACUCGCCACUACGCAUAAAUCAGUUAAAGCAAAUACACUCUCUCAUAAUCACAAAACAUCCCACUCUUGCUCCAAUUCUAUUCAAAAGUUUGCUAAAUUUAUCUGUCAUUGACUAUGCACGACAAGUGUUCGAUCAAAUUUCUCACCCAGAUCAAUUUCUUUACAAUUCUCUUAUCUCUACUUACACUAAACUUUCUAUGCAUAUUGAAGCUGUAAAAGCAUUUGUUUCAAUGCACCAUAAGAAUGUACGGUUGACUUGUUUUACUGCUCCGCCUGUUAUUAAAGCAUGCUUUUCAUUGCUGGCGGUUGAUGUGGGGAAACAGGUUCACGCUUUGGUUUUAAAUAACGGGAUUCAUUGUAAUGUUUAUUUUCAAACUGCAAUGAUGGAUUUUUAUUCCAAGGUUGGUGAGCUGGGUUCUGCAAGGAAGAUUUUUGAUGGGAUGUCGGUGAAGGAUCCAAUUGCUUAUAACUGUCUGAUUUCUGGGUAUUCGAGGGCUGGUGAUAUUGUAGCCGCACGGCAGUUGUUUGAUUCAAUGACAGAAAGAAGUAUUGUUUCGUGGAAUGCCAUGAUUUCUUGUUAUGCAAACAAUGGGCAUCUUUACGAGAGUUUGAAGAUUUUUGAAAGAAUGCAGGCUGAAAAAUAUUUUCCUAAUGAAAUUACUUUGGUGACUCUGCUUUCCAUAUGUGCUAAGCUUGGAGAUCUAGAGAUGGGAUUAAGAAUUAAGAAUUAUAUUGAUGAUAAUAAUAUGUGCAUGAAUGUGAUUGUUUCAACCGCAAUAUUAGAGAUGUAUGUGAAGUGUGGAGCCGUUGAUGAAGCUCGGCAAGAGUUUGAUAGGAUGGAUAGGAGAGAUAUUGUUGCAUGGAGCGCAAUGAUUACUGGUUAUGCUCAAAAUGGGAGAUCAAUUGAGGUGUUAGAGCUUUUUGAAUGGAUGAGGAGUGAUCAAAUUAAACCUAAUGAUGUCACACUUGUUAGUGUGUUAUCUGCUUGUGCACAACUAGGCUCAGUUGAGAUUGGUAACCAAAUUGGAACUUACGUAGAGAGCCAAGAUUUGUUCUCUAAUGUCUAUGUGGCUUCAGCAUUAGUGAGUAUGUAUUCAAGAUUUGGAAAUAUAAGAAAAGCUCAUGAAGUUUUUGAUAAGAUGUCUGAAAAAGAUAUUGUUAGUUGGAACUCGAUGAUUGUAGGUCUAGCUGUUAAUGGCUUCGCAAUGGAUGCAAUAUCUCUUUACCAGAAAAUGAAAAAAGUUGAUGAUGUGAAGCCAAAUGACAUAACUUUUGUUGGGUUGUUAACAGCCUGCACUCAUGCUGGACUUAUUGAAUUAGGUGUCGAGUUUUUUGAAGGCAUGAAAUUAAAUCAUGGAAUCACACCAAAAAUAGAACAUUGUGCAUGUAUUGUAGACCUCUAUUGUAGAUUAGGAAGACUAAAAGAAGCCUACGAGUUCAUACGUAGCAUGGAAAUUCCGCCUAAUGUUGUAAUUUGGGGAACGUUAUUGGGUGCUUCUAGAACACACUUGAAUGUAGAGCUUGCUGAGCUCUCUGUUAAGAAGUUAAUGGAGCUAGAGCCUGAGAAUUCUGGAAACUAUGUCCAACUUUCUAACAUAUACGCCAGUGUGGGGAGAUGGCAAGAAGCUUUGGAAGUGCGAAACUUAAUGAAGGAUAAGAAAGUGCAGAAAAUAGCUGCAUAUAGUUGGAUAGAGUUGGAAAAUCAAGUGCAUAGGUUUUUAGUUGGUGACACUUCCCAUCCUGCAAUUGAUGAGGUCAGUAGAAUUGUUGAUGAAUUGGCUUUGCAGUCUGCUUGGUUUGGUUAAAAUUUAGAAUCUAAACUAGAAUCCAGAUGAUGCUCAGCUAUAAAGGAUGGAUGAUUACUGUUGUUUCAUCCAAUUAAAACUUUUGGAGACUGUGCUGCAGAAUUUUGUUCAAAUAACAGAAUGGUCUUAUUUACAUCGUGAGAUAGCAUGGAACAGGAAGGAAUAUAAUGGUUUUAGUUCAAAUUUAGAUGUGGAAAGGCAUUUUGUGCUAUAGAAAUCUUAAAACCUUAAGUUUGGUUGAAAAUCUGAAAUAUGUAAUCAUUUAUUUUGUGUAACAAAUAUUUCUCAAAUUUAUGAAAACUUGAACUUUAUGAAGAGUGGAAAAAUAAUUAUUUCA